AUGGCCGAUGAAUCACUAGAGCUUCUGAACGCAAUGGCGAAGGUCGAAAGGUAUGCGCAUGAAUUCGAAGAGACAGGACGGGGCAAUUUCAUCAGUUUUGGGCAUAUCCUCGGAACGAUCGUUAUUUAAUGAAAGGCACGCACAAUGUCGAUCUUCGAAAAAACCGCUUUGUCAAAAAAAGGCUCCAACGGAGUCCUGAAGGUGAAGCACUGGACACCGAUCCGCGAAUAGUGGCGUUGUUAGGUCCUCGGUACAUAGUCGCCAGUCGCCAGGUGUUACCUUGGGCACGAUGCGCAGAGGGGACGCCUAGGAACUCUCAGAAGGUCGAAUGCUACCAAGUUGCAGCACGUGCUAAAAUUCCGCCUUCGUAGCCUGCAGACAGGCCUGCAUCAAUCGCCCAGGUAGAACACAGAAGGACCUGCGUUGCGGAUGUGAAGCACAAUGUCACGUCCGACCUCGCAACUGCUGAAUUGAUGGUUGGUAAUGUUAGGGUGUCGGCGAAGGUCCCAAUAAGCGCAAGCUAUAGACUGCGUGACCGAUCUGAUGAAAUGUUGGCCGAAAUUCUGAAAUACGUUUUCGGUCAGAAAGGAUUACUUAGGUAGGGUUGUAAUGUUCCCUAUCAAACGACAAAAUCCCAUAGUAUUUUGCAAUUGACGGGAUGUCGGCUUUUGAAUGUACUUCUUUUCGACCUCAUAUAGGAACCACACUCGGUAAAAAAUGACUGCCUAUGUAGCAUGUAUUUUUCGCAUUGAUUUCCGGCGGUCUUAUGGAUUCAAAUAUUGUUUAGGAAAAAUUAGCAUAAUAAUAUGCCUUCUUUUACUUAUUUGGCAGAUAAUAACAUCGUCUUUAUAUUUUAUGCCCGAAGAAAGCGUAUAUUUGGGUUCUGAAAAAGUUUCCCAAUUCCCUAUUAAUUUUGGGCCAGAUCAGCCGUUGCAUUACUACUUAGCGCUUCCAGCCUACAUGGUGCAUGUUUUACGUACAAAAAAUCAUAUAUUCCUCUAUGUCUUUAAGAAGGUAUCAUGUUGAGUUCAUAAAAUUUUGCACUGGACGUGGACUUUGUUGUACGUUUCAUGAGCAGCAUUGGUAAACGGAGAUGUGCGAUGCUGUAUCUACGGACAUCGUGUGGUCUUAAAAAUCUCGAAAUCAGAAACAUUUUUAAAUCCUAAAUAUACGCUGUCUUCGGGUAUAAAAUAUAAAGACAAUGUUAUUUUCUGUCAAAUAAGUAAAGGAAAGUAUAUUUUUAUGCAUAUUUUCCAUAAAAAAUAUUUGAAUUUAUGAGACCACCGGAAACCAAUGUGAAAAAUGCAUGCUACAUAGGCAGUCAUUUUUUACCGAGUGGGGUUCCUAUAGAAGGUCAAAAAGAAGUACAUUCAAAAGCCGACAUCCCGUAAUUGCAAAAUACUAUGGGAUUUCGUCGUUUGAUAGGGAACAUUACAACUCUACCUAAGUAAUCCUUCCUAAUCGAAAACGUAUUUCAGAAUUUCGGCCAACAUUUCAUCAGAUCGGUCACACCCUGUACGUACCUAGAACCGAUAUGUUGUAUGAAGUUGCAAGGGAGCGCAAGCAGCGAACUGACUGAGUAGUUGCAAGGUCAAGUUAUCGGUCACGCCGGCAGUGCACGAGAAGACUAAACCCAGUUGGGAAAUCAGAGCCUAGGGCUACACUGGUGACUUCAUCAAGUACGAAGAUCCAGGAGGAGGGGGACGGAGGUCUACAGCAGGUAUGUUAUCCCACGGAAUGUUAACCAAAAUUCUGGAAUGUCUUCGAUUUGAAAAGGCUACUUAAGUGGGCUUGUGCUACUAAUUGCCUUGCGAUAUCAUUCUAAGCUAUUUUGCCGGCUCAUGAAAAAGCUUCUUUCUAAUUGCCUGCAAAAAAUAUAUUGCGCAAGAAAUGACUAGUGCGAAAUUUUCCUGCUGAACUUGGAUGGGUUUAGAAAUUCAAGUAAAUUGUAUGGAAAACAUGCAUAAAGGUAUCGUUUCUUGUACUUAUUCGACAUUAAAUAAAGUCCUUUUCAAAUGUUAUACUUCAGGAAAGGGUAUUUUUGGUUUUAAAAGACUUUUCCACUUUCCCAGUGAUUUUGAACCUGACUCGUCGUUACACUUGCAUUCAGGGUGUUCAAACUACAGGCUACACAUUUUUUGUGUCAGAAAAAACACAUUUAUAUAUGCCAUUAAAAGAUGUCACAUAGGAUUCCUGAAAUUCUACACUGGCUGGGGAUCACAUUACAUACUUUAUAAGUAACAUUGAUAGAUGGACAUAUGUGACGCCUUUGUGAGUGGGCAUUUCAAGGUCCAGAAAUCCCAUAAUUGGAAGCUUUCUAAAAGGCGAAAAAUACCCUACCCUCAAGUUUAAAAUUUGAGUGAGACGUUGGUUGCUACCAAAUGCGUACAAGAAAGAAUAUCUUUGUGCAUGUACAUCCAGUGUGAGAAAAAGACUGCCAAACCUGAGGAUGUAGGAACAGCUGGCAACCUGGGGCUGCAGCCAUCAGUCGAAUUUUUAGGGACAACGCUGACAGAGAGUCCGGUGUCCUCGAGGAAACGUCUACGAGUCAGACAAUCCCAAAAGUGGGAAGUGACGCCAAGUCAAGAGGUGCCUGAGAAAGCAAUCGCCUCUGUUUUCUUGCUGGCUUCACAAACUUGAAAGUACGGGAAAACCGUCUUGGAAAUAAAGUUCUUAUGAUACCAACAGGUUUCACGUGUUCGAGGAUGAGAACAAAAACGACUACGAGGACGGCUUAAUGGCCAACGAGAGUUGAAGCGCGCAAGAUCGAGUUUUAGGGAGGCCAUUUCUUCCGCCAAGGCUGCUAUAUUAAUUAUUAUUUAAUCAUUCGUAAUCGGCAGCAGCGAAGUGGAGAGCUGGGCAACGAAGGGCGGCCGGAACCGCUGCACCUCCAUCAUCCUAUCUGUUCUCUUGAUUAGCCGUGAGACCAUGAGAUAUUUAGGACAAGACACCAAUACUAUUUAGACAUCUGUGGGCAGGCGCUCUGUAAACAUUUCUGUAGCUCAUCACAGAGUGCCUGCCCCCUUUUCAGCAAGUUGGUUGGCUUGCGGUUGUCAAGACAUUCAUUGCGAAAUGCUGGAGGACAUUACUGGUGAUGUGAAACGACAUGGAGUCUGAGAAGUGCCGCCUCCAGCUUGAUGUGGGGUCCAUUGACAGAGGAAUUGCGUAGCAGUGAUUGCAUCUGCGUCAGAACCUGGGUAUCCAGAGGAUAGACAGGCGGUGCGGAACGUUGCCAAUUCUAUUGGAAAGUUCGCAGCGUUAAACCUAGACAGAGGCGUUCUGCCAGAAGUUCGUUAACGAAAGGGACGGAGCACUGGUGAACUCGUCUGUUACUGUCUUGACAGCGAUAGGGAAACGAUGGAGGUGCGCACCAGAAAACGGCCAAUACGGUGGUACACUAAUACUGGUUGACUGAUAGAAUAGAGUGCAAACGCCUGAAAAAGUAGCUCACGUUCACAUUCAGGGUCAACUCCUUAGGCUGGUAACAGUGAUCGAUAGCCCGAUCCCAAGCCAACUUACGAGUUGUAUUGAGCAAAUCUUGGCUGCCAAGGUAGUAGGUUCUUCGACGUCACCAACGCCUGUGGCAUGUAAGAGGCAAUUCCACUAGUAACUGGUUGUGCGGUUUUUGAACGCAUUCGGAACGGCACUGUCUUGAGGGUAGGUAAACAUAGACGGCAAGAUCCUAUUUCGUAGCCGUACCUGUUAGGGGUUAGGGUUGGGCUUGGGGGUUAGGGGUUAGUCUGGGGCUUGUCUACUGCAGAUACGGCUACAAAAUAAGAUCCGACCACAUAAGCUUUAACAAAAAUUUGGUAAAGACGAAAUUGGGAGCUCCAUAGCAAAGGGAACAACUUUGGAAAAGCUGUGCGCAAAAAAGAUAUGACAAAAUUUUCACCAUAGAGCCACCGUUUUGGCAUAGAGAGGAAUAGGUGGACACUGAGUUUCUGGAGAACGGUGCUAGCCACGCCAAUCAGUUCUCGAAAAUGCAACUCCUACCUUGCAGUAAGUUCUGAGAGACUGUCAGUGGAGCUCAGUACUGGUCGAGCUCGUAAGGAAGCAUCCAGAUCAAAUUCUGUGCAAUGCACUAUUGGCAGUAGUUAUGGCAAGUAAGCUACGUGUGACCGCCUGCUGGCCGUGGCAACAGCUACCGACAGCCUUGCCAGUUGGCUGCUGGUGCCGCCUGUCGGUACCGAUGGGCGUUUUCCACCUCAAAAACUGGCCGCAGUUGUACAAAGAUCAAGCUCACUCUCUCAUGUACCUUGCGCUGCAGCUAACAUUUAGUUGGACAAUUGCUAUCUCUGCCUUCUGAACUACUGACACUUCCGACUAUAGUAACGUCUGUCAUAGUAAUCCCGACUUUUAUUCGGGAAGCUUCUCGUGGUCGAUCAACGCACCUAGACCGCCCUGGGAGAAGAAAUUCACUGGCGUAAUUAGCUUCUACCCCACCUCCCUACUGACUAUCUCCGACGACGUUAAGAACAAAUUCCUCGAAGACCUACAGGCCCAUCUCGCGUCUGCGCUGAUGAUGGAAAAUCUGAUCGUCACUGGGAACCUCAGUUGUCGCGUAGACACUGCCCGCGCUACCUUGAAGGAGGUGAACCUCGCCAGGAACCUACGGUUGCGACAUCAGUGGCUCUCUCCCGCGACUCCGCACAGAACUCAGUCUUGCCUUGACCAACGCCUUCCACCGGCCAGCGCGGAACACAGGCUUUUCCUGAACAACACUCCCUUCCGCCUAUCGAUCCGCUAG